CUGUCUCCGCGGGACGGUUGGGGCUGCGUCUCUGCGGGUGUUUUUUUCACACCUUCAGGCGCUCGCUCUGCUUCUCCCCUUCCUGUGAGAGCAGGGGGCCCGUGCUCCCACCUCGCACAUCAUCAGAGCCCUCCUCUGCCCCAGCUCGGCGCCGCGCACCUGAGCCUCGCGUCGCCUCUGCUGUGAGCACGGGGAGCCCGAGGGAGCAGCAUGGAGGCGAGGGCGAGCCUGGGGCUACUGCUGCUGCUGCUGCCCCUGCCCUUGGGCGGCCUGGGUGAGCACCACGGGGGGGCCGGGGUGGCCAGCGGGGUCUCAUCGCCACAGGGAUCGGUGGAGAAGCAGAGCGGCUAUCCCCGCUCCCCAGCAGCAGCACCGGGAGCUCUCCUUCCCCCGUCAGCCCAGGGCCGGUCACGGCUGGGGAUCAUCGGGGGGCGCGAGGCCAAGCCCCACUCCCGGCCCUACAUGGUGUCGGUGCAGUUUGGGGGCAUCCACGCCUGCGGGGGAGCCCUGCUGCACCGGCGCUGGGUGCUGACGGCCGCGCACUGCAUCCCAAAGAGGCACAAGGACCCUGGGAAGGUGGUGGUGGGGCUGCAUCACCUCUGGGACCACGGGGCGGCCACACAGAGCUUCGCCAUCCAGGCAGCCUGCCCCCACCCCGACUACAACCGUGAGACGAUGGAGAACGACCUCCUCCUGCUCCAGCUGUCGGGGACGGUGGCACGGAGCAGGACGCGGCGACCCAUCGCGCUGCUGCGGCGGGAGCCGGCGGCCGGCACGGCGUGCAGCCUGGCGGGCUGGGGCGGGCGCAGGGAGCCGGAGGCCGCGCUGCAGGAGCUGGAGGUGGCGGUGCUGGACGCGAGGAUGUGCAACAACAGCCGCUUCUGGCACGGCGGCAUCGCCCCCACCAUGAUCUGCUUCCAGGGCCGACACCGCGGCGCCGCUCCCACCAAGGGUGACUCCGGGAGCCCCUUGGUGUGCGGACAGCCGGCGGCGGUGGCCGGGGUGAUGUCCUUCAGCGGCCCCCGCCCCGGCGACCCCCUCAAGCCGCCGGUGGCCACCUCGGCGGUGGGCCACAAGAAGUGGAUCCAGCGGACGCUGCGCCGGGGCUGCGGGGCACGGCCGGAGCUGCCCUCGCCAUUGACACGGGGCACCCCCCAGCCUGGUGACAGGACCACAGGAGCCCCCCAGGACGAGCCAGCCGGGACCACAACAAGCGCCCAGCCCUGACCAGCACCAGCACCAGCUCCUGCACCACGUCCCCUGCAGCCACCCACCGCAUCACCACAACCCCCGCCAGCACCACAGCUGUGCGUCACCCGAUAGCAAUCAGCCAGCACCCUAAUUAGCAGCCUCAAGCAGCACAAAUGGUGUCCCAGCCCCGUCUGUCCCUGCGUUGCCCCGGCAGUGUCCCUGCAGGGGCGGAUGUCCCCGUCCCCGGCAAUAAAGGCGCUGCAAUGCCUGGCAGA